GUUCCACUGCUGCGGUUUUGUUCUUGUGCUUGUGAAAUAUAUAACAACUGUUGUUUCGAGGUGCUGCUUGAGUUUAGUUAUGCCCUUAGUCAGUCAACCAUUGCAGUAAUGUUAGCUCCUGUCUUUGGAUUACUGACAAGCCCAGAUAACAGACUCGGAUCCCCUCAAGGCUUCAAAGGUCCUGUGUGAAGGAUUUACUGGCAUCUGGCAGUGAGGUUCCAGAUCAUAAUCAAUGGAGGACUGCUCCCCUAACUCUCCCCGUCAAAGUGUGUAGGUGAACCUAUGGUGGUAACACAUGGCCAAUCCCCCAAAAUCCUACAGCCUAGACCUUUAAGUUCCUGUGACUCAAACACAACUUUAACAAAGCUUACACAGAAAAGUUUUCCAUCUGUUGCACGAAACAAACAUGUUGCAUCAGGUAUCAGUGGGAUUCAAAGGGAAGUGUGGAGGGUGGAAUAAGUGAGGGAGGGGUGAGGGAGAUGAGGAGAAAUGAAAGAAACAAAGAACAGGCUGACAGCAGACAGUGAUGAAGAGGAUGACUGGGGAAUUGUGGAGGAGAUAACAGAGCUGCACCAUGUCUGGUACGAUCAGAGAGCUGCUGGAGCUCAGCAGGUUCGGGUCAUCGCCUCCCCUCGGCGGCAGACGAUGGAGGGCCCAGAGCGAGCCGAGCUCUGCUACCCUCAGCUCCCGAACUCGUCCUGCAGGGGUCUAAAGCGUCCUCGCUCUGAGGCCGUGUCCCUCUACGCUCUGUUCUCCUGCAUCACCCUGCUCACUGUAGCUCUCAACCUGCUCGUUAUCAUCUCCAUCUCCCACUUCAGGCAGCUCCACACGCCCACCAACCUGCUCCUGCUCUCCCUGGCCAUCUCCGACCUGCUGGUGGGGCUGCUGGUGAUGCCGGUGGAGAUGGUGCGCUUCACAGAAACCUGCUGGCUGCUGGGCGAUCUCAUGUGUGCUCUGUCUUACAUUUUCGGCUUCACCCUCACAUCAGCCUCUGUGGGGAACAUGGUGCUCAUAUCCAUCGACCGCUAUGUAGCUAUCUGUCACCCUCUGCAGUACCCCAACAAAAUCACUCGCAGCAGAGUGGAGGUGUGUGUGUGUGUGUGCUGGGCCUGCUCACUCCUCUACAACGGGCUGAUUCUGAAGGACCAUCUCAGGCGCCCGGACAGACACAACUCCUGCCACGGGGAGUGUCUGGUGGUGAUCAACUACGUCUCAGGAACUAUCGACCUCGUGUUCACGUUCAUCGGUCCGUGCUCGCUCAUCAUUGUUCUGUACAUGAGAGUGUUUGUUGUGGCGGUGUCUCAGGCUCGAGCCAUGCGGUCUCAUGUUGCAGUCAUCUCAGGCGGUACAGUUACAGUCACUGCAAAGAAAUCAGAGAGAAAAGCAGCCAGGACUCUGGGUAUUGUCAUACUGAUAUUUCUGAUGACCUUCUGUCCAUAUUACUACCCCUCUCUGGCAGGACAGGACAUCUCAAACAGUGCUUCGUACUGGGCCAUCGUGUCCUGGCUGUUGUUUUUUAACUCUUGUCUGAACCCUCUCAUAUACGCAUUUUUCUACCCGUGGUUUAGGAAAGCUAUCAAGUUCAUUGUCACUCUGAGGAUACUCGAACAGGACUCCUCACAGGCAAAUAUACUUUAAAGUCACUUACUCCAGUAACAAUAAUAAAACUGCUGUCUGUCAUGUAAAAAACACUAUAUGCAGCACAUGACAUAGGGUCGGGUGUCUGAUUUCACAUUUUACAUUUCCCUCUUUAAACAGCAUGCCAGUCUGUACAUUAGUACUCAGCACAGAUGUAAAUCAGAGCUGAAAAAAAAAAUGAAGCAACAACAUUUGGUAGUUUCAGCCUCAUAAAUGUUUCUGUCUUUUAUCUUACAUUAUGGUAUACUGAAUAUCUAAGAUAACUAAAAUCUGUUCUCAUAAACAUACAAAUAAGGUCCCCAGAACACUGCUGGUUAUGAAAAUUGUGUUGUCCGUUAAGGUCAGUUUGUUUAUUCAGUCAUGAAAAAUGAAGAGUUUGUUUAGGUAUAAAAAAAUAUUACGAUCUUUCUCUUUUGAUUGAAAAUUUUCCCUAAUGCUACAUAGUACACCUUUAAUUCUUUAUCUGUGUGGACCACAACAGGCUGAACCUGCUGAGCUCCUGUGACAAACACCGUAUUUAGAUUAUAGACAACAUAAAUUAGAAUCUGGUGACUUUUUCUCUAUAUAGCUGAAAAAAUAAAAGCUGUCUAACUGCAUCACCUCGUGUCAUCCAGGUGUUGAGGGGGCAGAAAAUGUGAAGCACUUCUUAAGUUGGAUGUUUGAUGAUGUUCAUUAUUGUUGUCAGUGAUUCCAUUUACAAAGAAAAAUGAUCAAGGUGAUCAUACACGAGGGUUCAGGAGAAUUACCAAACUCAUGACGAAAACCAUAUUCACUCAUCUCCCCUGGUUUGUAAAACUAUUAAUGCUCUUGUGAGAGCAAGACCUGCUUUCUGUCAGCUCAAAGAAUUCAGAAGGAUGAAACAAGCUGCGUCUUACGCAGAGAUAAAACAAAUGUCAUCAUGUAUAUUUUACCAUAAAAUACUGAGCUUUAUUAUGUAAUUGAGCUCAAAGCAGUAUACAGAGGAG